AAUGUAAAUUGAAACGUGAUCAAGUACUCGUAGUAGCUCAGUAGGGAAUGUAUUCCUGGGUUUGAAUAUUUGGGAUUUCCGUGACAGGUUUGAAAGAUAAUCUUCACUACAGCCUAAAAAUGGCAGCUCUUCCACUUAUUUCCCUCUCUCAUCCCUUGCAAACCCAUCUUCUUCACUUGCCCUCAACAAAAUCCCAGCUCCAUAGUCCAAUAUCAUACCCUAAACUCUCAUCCGGUGUUCUCCAAUCAGUUAAAUUUCGCAAUAAUUCUGCAAAAUUGAGAAGCAAGUCCAAUGACCCAGUUGAGGCUGACCCUUUGUUCAAAGAUCAAGACGGCGUCGUCAGUGAUAUGGAAGGUUAUCUCAAUUCUCUCUCCCUCGAGUAUGAUUCUGUUUGGGACACCAAACCCUCUUGGUGUCAACCAUGGACAAUAGCCCUGACUGGAGUAUCAGUGAUUACAUGCAGCUGGCUGGUUUUGCACUCCAUUGUUGUUACUGUUUUGGCUUCCACUGUAAUCUUUGCAUGGUGGUACAUCUUCCUAUAUUCAUAUCCUAAGUCAUAUUCAGAAAUGAUUGCUGAGCGAAGAAAAAAAGUGAAAAAUGGCUCAGAGGACACUUACGGAUGGACAAAGAACCAGUGAUUUACAAUAAGCAACACCACACUAGAAGGGUCCUUUCUUUCUCCCUGUUUCGUAUCAAAAGCCAGGGUAGAGUAAUUGAUCAUAAUCUGCAUGGGAAUUAAUCUGAACCCUUCACAAAUGGCUAUUGACAGUUUGACACAAGACAAGGCAGAAUGUUGGAACUGUGUUGUACUUUGCAAAUUUGUUUUGAGAGAUUCAAUUUGUAUGUGAAUAGUUAUCAUAAUCACGAAUCAUCCAGUUAUCACACUGUAUCGUGAUUCAUCAGUAUUGUACAGUUGUAGGCCUUGUUCUCUUCACCUGAUCUGGUCUGAUUUAUCUAAUUUAUGGUGUGGUCUGAUUGUUUCCUA